AUAGCAAGUGUAUAAUUUUGUGUUUUGUUUUUGUAAUUUAAUAUCAUUAGCAUUUUUGUUGUUGCAUUGUUUUCAUAACUAUUUUUAAGUCAUACAAUGUCCUACUAUAAUCAACCAUUACCUAAUUGAAUAUAUAUAUAUAUUUAUAUGUUGCUUACAGUUAUUUAUUAUCACAGAUGAUAAGGUGAAAUUCUUUGGGCAUAUAGCUUUUUCCAUACUUAAGACCUUUUCUUAUUUUUUAUUUUAUUUACUUAUUUUAAAAUUUAUUGAAGUAUAGUUGAUUUACAGUGUUGUGUUUCUGCUGUACAGCAAAGUGAUUCAGUUAUAUCAUUACAUAUAUAUGUAUGUGUAUACUUUUUCACAUUCUUUUCCAUUGUACUUUAUUACAGGAUAUUGAAUAUAGUUCCCUGUGCUAUACAGUAGGACCUUGUUUAUCCAUUCUAUAUAUAAUAGUUUGCAUCUGCUAAUCCCAAACUCCCAAUCCAUUUCUCCCCCACUCCCUUACCCCUUGGCAACCACAAGUCUGUUCUCCAUGUUCUUAGAAUAGAUUGUUAGAAAUUCUACAUUAAAGUACAACUUUUUAUGGGUUUUGAUAUCUAUUGGGCUUGUUCUAUUUUAAAACAAGUGUUUUGAGCUGAAUUCUUUAUUUGCUUGCUUGUUGUGAUUUUUGGAUAUGUAAAGAAGUUGCUCUGUUUUUUUAGCUACAUUUUCCUACUGCUCCGAAUUCUCUCUCUUUCUUUUUUCCUUUUUUAGGCUAAAUUAAUUACCCACCCAGCACAGCAUCUUACAGAAAAAGCAUAGCACUUCCUAGAGGAGUAUGAGCAUAACAGGAAGGUGUCAUUGACUCUGAAUUAAAAUUUUAACCUGUCCCCUGAACAGCUACAGGAUUUGGAAGCUGAAUCAAUGUUAUCAGAUGAGUUAGAAUCCAAACCAGAGCUGCUGGUACAGUUUGUUCAGAAUACGUCCAUCCCACUGGGACAGGGGCUAGUAGAAUCAGAAGCUAAAGACAUUACUUGCUUGUCCCUCCUUCCAGUGACUGAGGCCUCAGAAUGCAGUCGGCUAAUGUUACCAGAUGAUACUCCAAAUCAUAGUAACUCCUCCAAGGAGGUUCCUUCCUCGGCUGUGUUGAGAAGCCUUCAGGUGAAUGUGGGUCCAGACGGAGAAGAGACGAGGGCUCAGACCGUACAGAAGUCUCCGGAGUUUUUGUCCACUCCAGAGUCUCCUAGCUUGUUGCAAGAUCUACAGCCAAGUGAUAGCACUUCUUUUAUUCUUCUUAACCUAACAAGAGCAGGUCUGGGCUCUUCAGCCGAACACUUAGUAUUUGUACAAGAUGAGGCAGAGGAUUCAGGGAAUGAUUUCCUCUCCAGUGAGAGCACAGACAGUAGCAUUCCGUGGUUCCUCCGGGUUCAGGAGUUGGCCCACGACAGUUUGAUUGCUGCUACUCGAGCACAGCUGGCAAAGAAUGCGAAAACCAGCAGCAAUGGAGAAAAUGUCCACCUUGGUUCUGGUGAUGGGCAACCAAAAGACUCUGGGCCCCUUCCUCAAAUGGAGAAGAAGCUCAAGUGUACAGUUGAAGGCUGUGACCGGACAUUUGUGUGGCCAGCUCACUUUAAGUACCACCUCAAAACUCAUCGAAACGACCGCUCCUUUAUCUGCCCUGCAGCAGGUUGUGGGAAAAGCUUCUAUGUACUGCAGAGGCUGAAGGUGCACAUGAGGACCCACAAUGGGGAGAAGCCCUUUAUGUGCCCCGAGUCUAACUGUGGUAAGCAGUUCACUACAGCUGGAAACCUGAAGAACCACCUGCGCAUCCACACAGGAGAGAAGCCUUUCCUUUGUGAAGCCCAAGGAUGUGGCCGUUCCUUUGCUGAGUAUUCUAGUCUUCGAAAACAUUUGGUGGUUCACUCAGGAGAGAAGCCACAUCAGUGUCAAGUCUGUGGGAAGACCUUCUCUCAGAGUGGGAGCAGGAAUGUGCACAUGAGAAAGCAUCACUUGCAGAUGGGAGCAGCUGGGAGUCAAGAGCAGGAACAAACUGCUGAGCCACUAAUGGGCAGUAGUUUGCUUGAAGAGGCUUCAGUAACCAGUAAAAACCUGGUGUCUAUGAAUUCUCAGCCCAGCCUUGGUGGAGACUCCUUGAACCUACCAAAUACCAAUUCUAUCCUAGGAGUUGAUGAUGAGGUGCUUGCUGAAGGAUCCCCACGUCCUCUGUCUUCAGUGCCUGAUGUGACACAUCAUUUGGUGACCAUGCAGUCAGGGAGGCAGUCAUAUGAGGUGUCUGUCUUAACUGCCGUAAAUCCACAGGAGUUACUAAACCAAGGAGAUUUAACUGAAGGACGGACAUGAGCAUGGGUGCUGACUCCUGGAAGAGCAGUUCUGCCUGAUCCCAGAGUGCAUGUAGUGGGAACAGGAUGCUUAUGGCUCACAGUUUGCCAGAACCAAAAUGAAUCUGUGAAGGACAGGACCCCACUUUUGCCUCUGUUCAUCUUUCCUGGCCUAGAAGAUGACUGUAGGAGAGCUUCUCUUCAACUACCAUCUGAUUCAGACAAGAAAGAAAGCAGUGAAUGUGGGCUGGGUAACUGUACCUACCUCUUUUCCCACUGCACAAUUUUGGGAUAGACUUCUCCCAAAAGUGAAUUUGAUUAUUUGUUGGCUGAAGUUUCUCAGUAAGACUGUUGAGGGGAGGUUUUCCUUUGAAGAGUUUUCAUCCCAUACUGAGCUGUCUUUUCACAUGGGUGAACUAAAUCCUGCCACCAACCAUAAAACUUCACUAAGAAGUUAAGCUUUCAAGAUGCCUUGUUGCUUUUGAGAAGGGAGUGAUGUCGGUUCUGUUGUGACAUUCUCCCUUUAGCAACCUGAGUAAGAGACUCUCUGCCACUGGUCUUCAAAAGAGUAAAUUACUUGAAUCCCUGCUUGGCCCAGGCUGAGGUACUAUCUUGUCCUAUACACCUCUACUUGGCCACUUUGCUUUCUUUGUUUAUGGAACAUACAGUAGCAUGUUAAGAGGUUGUUUGUUUUUUGCUUUUUGUUUUUUGUUUUUUUAAGUUAAAAAUCACCUGAUUCAGAGCUUCAAUUGUUUCUCCUUUAAAUAAACAAAACAGCCAGUCA